CUGCCAGAAGACUCCAUAUCGUCUUUGGACUGUAUUCCGAGAGCGGACAUGGCAAAAGGGAAAAAAGGUGUGCUGAGAACCGACAAAAAGUCAGAGAACACCGGUGAACGUACAGUCACCGCACAGACUGAGACAAAGGAGAACAAGCCUGCAGCUGAAAAGAAUUGUAUCAGUAAGGUGCAGUCAAAUUUCCAGAGCCUGCAAAGUUCGAGUAAACCCAGAUCCCCUCUGAGUGACAGUUUAAUCAAGGAGGGAAAUGAUUCUGAUGCAACUAAUCCUGACAUGUCAAAGCUGAAAAAGGAGAUCUUCCCAUAUGAUGGAGGCAUCUCCAGUUGA